AUUUAAAUUCAAAUACAAGUACCCAAAUAUCUCAGCUUUGUUUGCUUUCUUUCUAGUGUAAUCCCCUCCCUCCCAUUCUCUUUUGACUUUCAAAAAUGGCCUUUGCAAGUGUCAUAGCCAUUGUUGCAUUUCUUCUUCUACAACCUCUUUCAACUACUUCUGACUUCCUUUCUCCUUUGCUUUCUCCCAUCUUUGAUGAUGUCUGCAAAGAAGUGGAAUGUGGAAAAGGAACAUGUAAACCUUCCAAGAACAGCACUUUCUUGUUUGAAUGCGAGUGUCAUCAGGGUUGGAAACAGAGUCUUUCCAAUGAUGAUGAUGAGUCAAGCUUGAAGUUUCUUCCUUGCAUCGUUCCCAAUUGUACAUUGGACUACUCUUGCUCCAAAGCCCCUGCCCCUGUUCAAGAAAAGGCAACAAAGUCCAAUGAGUCAAUUUUUUAUGCUUGCCACUGGGUUGAUUGUGGAGGUGGCUCAUGCAACAAGACAUCCAUGUUCUCCUAUAAUUGUGAAUGUGAUGCUGGCUAUUACAAUCUUCUAAAUGUCACUGCCUUCCCUUGCUUCAGAGAAUGUUCUCUUGGCAUGGGUUGCUCUGAACUUGGAAUAUCAAUGACAAACUCAUCUACUUCCACACCACCAGCUUUGAAUGACAACAUUAAGAAUGAGGGUAGCUCAAUUCUACAAGAAAGUUCCCUUUGGUUGAUCAUGCUAAUUAUGUUCGUGGCAAAGCUCCAUUUGCAAAUAGGAUAAGUUUUGAAUGGUUUUAGCAGUAUCUUAUUUUAUUGUAUUAAUUUAUACUGGUGUUCAUAUAAAUAAGGCAUCACAUCAGAGUUAAUACAUGACAGUUUUAGUUAUUAUAUGUGUCUAGUUCACGAUAUGUCCUUUUUUAUUUCAUUAGAGUUAAACAAUUAUUCCAGAGUAUAUUAAUGUGAUGAUUGAGGGUCUUGUAGCUUUUGUGCUUCCCAAGUGUCACGAAAUUGUAUAUUUGUUUGAUUUUAUUUUCAUGCAACUUGCGUAGGUGCUAGAAUUUCUCUACAAGUAUUAAUGUAAAUGGAGCCCAGGAGGAAAAAAAUGGA